AUGGACAACGGCGACGAGUUCACCCGCUCCGCGUUCACCUCGUUCUGCGACGCUGCUGGCAUUCGGUGCGAGUACACCGCGCCCAACACCUCCAAGCAAAACGCGCUGGUCGAGAGCGCCAUAUGGCGCGCCAUGAAGGGGGGUUACGCCGCGCGCCGCCACAUCCUCACCAUAGGCCACGUCGACCUCUUCUCCAUCCCCAACGUCGGCGUCAACGGACAUCGCCUGUGGCUCGCGUCGGCGCUGUGGAUAUCCGCCUGCUUCAACCGCUCCGCGACGAAGGCCAACCUGGGCUGGAUGUCGCCGUUCAAGGCGUUCUUCAGCCGGAAGCCGCCCCUCACCGUCGUCCCUUUUUUCCCGGAGGAGGGGAUGAUGCGCGUGAAGCGGGCCACCAAGGCGGACGUCCAAUCCGCGCAGUGCUUCUACCUGCACGGCGGCAACAACCACUCGACGUCUACCGCAGUCGUUCUUCGCGCUGACACCGGUCACCUCGCCCUCACCAACAACGUCGUGUGGGUCAACCGCCGGGCAGGAGCGCUGGCGCCGGUGCCGAGUAUCGGGGGGGGUUCUUCGGUCACCGCGGCGCCCUCGCCGGCCGCCGCCGUAUCUGCGGCCGAUGCCGCACCGCCGCCGCCCCCGCCAUCAAGGACGUACACGAUCCCAAGCCCCGUCGCCGAUCUCCGACGCCCCAUCAUCAGACCCAUCGUCGACCGCAGCCACGCCGCCCCGUUCGACCCCGGGCCUGCCGCCGCCGCCGCCGCAGCCCGCCAGCGCCGCCGCCCGCGCUCCUCCGCACCCGCCGCUUUCGAAACGAGCCGUCAAGGAGUUGGGACGAGAGGACACGAGGGUUCACGGACGCACGUGCGGCGAUGGAGUGCGGUUCAUGUAUGA